AUGCUUCUCCCCUCAGCGCUCUCGUGCGACUCGGCGCAGCCCUCGCGGCCCGCCCUCCAGUCCAGCUUCUUCUCUCCCCCAGCCAGUCCUCCCACCCUUCACCACUCUGCCACGGCUCUCGGCAACAUCGUGACGACCUGCCGAUCGUUACAAUCGCUCAUUGCGACGACGCCCGCGUCCGCCUCUGCCUUGCCCUUGGCGCCGCCGCAGUCCUCGGCGCAGCUGCCCACACCUCCGAUGGCUCAUGCUGCGCUGCCGAUGAAGCUUCGUCUGCGGACACGCCCUGCGCGCUCAGACGCCAAGAACAACGACGGCGAGGACCCGGACUCCAGGCGAAAAGUAGUCAAGCGGCCCGCGCCCCCGCGCGGCGUCAACAAACGCCGUCGCGGCGGCGGCGACGACGUGGGCGGCGAGGACCUCUCCUCGGAGGAAGAGGACGCCGACAGCGAUGCCGAGCCGGCACGACCACGACCACGCGCCGACGACCAAGCUGAAGAAGAAGCCGCCGCUCCCGCCACGCCAAAGCGCUCGCGGAUAGCCCCGGAACGGCUGCCGCUGGGCCUGGCGCGUUCCGACUUUCACGACAUUGACCGUCUGGGCGGCGGGAGCGAAAGCACCACCGGCAACGGAACAGCGGUCGAGGUGGAGGCGGACGGCGAGCAGUGGAGCGCCGAAGACGACCGCGUCCUGGUCGAGCUCGUCCUGGAGAAGCUCAAGCUCUCCAAGUCGGAGUGGCACGACUGCGCCCGCAAUCUGGGCAAGGACAGGCACAGCGUCAACCGGCGGUGGAGGAGCCUCAUCAUGAAGGGCGACGUCGGUCUCAAGACGAGGUCAAGUAGCCGCCGCCGCCUGCACUCUACGUGGCGGUGA